AUGCGACGCCGAUUGUGGAGCACCAUUUUGGAGCUUGACGUCCAAAUAUCAAUGGACCUUGGCAUGUUACCAAACGCGAUUGACUUCGAUACUACGCCUCCUUCCAAUCUGGACGACGGGGCAUUUGAUGAAACAACCACGGCCUGUCCUACACAGUCAACCCCGUUAACACCAAACCCAAAGUUCGUUGCAAACCCACUCAUGACACUCUUUAGCAGCCUGACUAUUACCGCUAGCGAAACAAGCUUGCAUUCAUAUACUGCAGUCCACCGCAACCUAAUAAACUUUCUCACGCGCCGUUUCCCGCUAGGCUUACGCAGGCCAUUUGCAACUAAGGCUUGUCAGGACCCACGCUAUUACUAUUCCCCCAAGGUCUGCCUCGAUAACGCCCUCCUUUUGCUUACACCUGAACCGGAUUGGGACUUCGAGCAAAUGCUGCUGGUUUCGAUCACACUCUUUCACCAUAUCAUGCACCACGCUGCGAUUGUGCUCUGUGUCGAAAUUGUGGGCCAAAUUAAAGAAGAUCAAUCGAAGAAGCUCCUCCAGAUUCGUCAGGACACCAGAGCACAACUCCUUACCACGAUCAGGCAGGUUCUAGACAUUACAGUCAAGCGUCUCCACUGGGGCUAA